AUGGCGACUUCGCAGCUUGUCGUGACGCGCUACAUGGACCUGCUAGGCGAGGGAAACGUUGAGGCCGCGCUCAACUACUUGGCGGACGACGUGGUGUACAACACGUGGAUGGGGGUUGUGUACGGGAAAGACAACGUGACUGUGUUCCUCCGCGACAAUGUGCGGUUUGUCCACCACGGUCGAAACUACAACCGCUGGAGGCAGGUGCAGCACUCGCUCGACCCCGCGCUUAGGCAAUACGACCGGGCCGACGGCGUUACCAGCGGCGUCUCACCUCAGUCGUCCGUGCACUAUGGGGAUCCGGCGGUGCGGCGGUACUUCAAUGUGGACGGCUACGAUUCUCAAGGGUACGCGACGUUCGAAAGGGAUGGAACACUUGCGUCUCACGCAAAAUUCGCCGCGUUUAACGUCAAGAUAAAAGAAACGGUUGUGCUGCGAAACAACAAGGUUGUGCUGGUGAAUGUUUCUAAGCGCGUGUGA